ACACACACACACACACACACACACACACACACACACACUAUCGCAAGCAGGUCUUACAUAAAGAUAAGACAACCCAAAUUCGCUCCUCCCCCUCUUCCACACGUAACAGAUAGGCUCAGUGAUUACAGUGCCCUUUCGUCAGUAGAAAACGCUCUUCACACCGAACGUUUCAAACCUUCUGCUGCAAGGAGGCACCACUACAGCCACUUUUCUAUUCUCCAGUCGACUGUUACAAGAUAAGAUUCACCCCACUUUAGCUAGAUAGUAGUAUACCAAGAAGGCCUAAACACCACCACCACCAACAACAACAACACUACCACCGCCAUUUAACAUCUCCAUCUCCCUUCUUGUACUACCACCACCACCACCUUCCCACCUCUCAUCCACCUGUAGCAACCUUCACCCCCACCUCACCUAGACACCCUACCCCAAGCUUCGUCACCCGAACUUAGAACCAAUCCACCUCCACUUCGCCGACCGCCUCCACCACCACCACUACUAAUCUACCACUUCGCUCUACCUGGAUCGCUCAUCUCCCCACCUUCACCUUACUGCAAGCCAGAGUACCUACUGCUUCCCUCACUGCCCUGACUCGGCCACCACCACCUUUGUCGAGUCCUGUAGCGGCCGAACCUUGACCACACCUGUAUCUCCUCCGUCUGAAACCCUCAGCUUGUAGGAGGGUGGCGGUAGUGUCGGAAGCAUCUCUUGUGUCGGUUUCACUGGACUUCUACUACUACUACUACAACUACUACUACUACUACUACUACUACUACUACUACUACUACCACCACCACUAUGCGUGAAUUUACUGAAGAUGAGCUGGAGCGCUUCACAUGCAAGUGCUUGGAGUUCCUCUUCUACGUGGUGUAUUUUAUCGCCGUCCUUGCAGCCUUCCUUCUGGGCAGCGAGAUAUUGGGUUUCGUCAUGGUGCUCGUGAUGCCAGUCUUAUACAUGGGGAUCUCAGCGUUGUACAAGAGGGUGAACAGGGUGGAAGGGAAUCACGGCUCAAACAGAAUGAAUCAACCUUACCAGAUGCCCAUAAACUCCGUCAGUUCAUCCAUACCCCAAGCCCCACCUCUCACAGGGCAGCCGCCGCCCUUCAAUUUUGUCUCAAACGUGGAUGCGGAGGCUGCGAGGCGACAUGCUGCAAACCUCCAGCCUCCAUUGUAUCUAGAAGAGGUACGAGACAGCAUUGGACUAUCCCUUCCUCUGUACACGACUCCUGCCACUGAUGAAGCGUCUGCGAAGGUGUUCGGCCCCUCCAGCGACGGGCUGCCCAGCUACGAGGCGGCAAUGUCCACAUGGCAGCCUCCUGUCGACGAAGAGCUCCCUUCAAGCCGCGACGACGGGCAGAGGACGAAUGAUUAACACAAGAAGAAUGGCUGUAGAAAGGUACCAAGACGGUGAGUGUGGAGUCGUGCUUGGUUGUGGAAUGGCGCUUUGCUGUGGAGUGAUGCAUGACUGUGGAGUGGUGCUUUGCUGUGAAGUGUUGCAUAGCUGUGGAGUGGUACAUGGCUGUGGAGUGGUGCAUGGCUGUGGAGUGGUGCAUGGCUGUGGAGUGGUGCAUGGCUGUGGAGUGGUACAUGGCUGUGGAGUGGUGCAUGGCUGUGGAGUGGUGCAUGGCUGUGGAGUGGUGCAUGGCUGUGGAGUGGUACAUGGCUGUGGAGUGGUGCAUGGCUGUGGUGUCCUUGCCAUGUGUGAACGGGGAUAAGUGCCAGUUCGUCUUCUACAUAUAAUCAAUGCACGGCAAUACACGGCUGUUCCAAUGUACUCUUCCCUUACUUAUAAUUUUUGCAUCCUACACCCAUGAUGUUGUUACUGCAGUAUGUUGUGCAUUCUCUGCAAACACGUCUAUGUAGUAUGUAUCCGUCCUUUGAAUAAUUAGGUAACACUAUUUAUAUAGCUGAAAAUAAAAAUAAAAUAAAUUGA